CCCAAUGCAUGCUUUUUUUCUGGCGCCGGAAGUCCGUGGCAGUCGCUUGCAUUUUAGCGUUUCCUUGAAAAACAGAAUGAAGAAAAAACAACUGUAGCCAAAAAGCAAUCAGCAACAAGCACGUAGCGACUGCACUGCGGCGACGAGGACAACAUGAACGCUUGGAAGAGGUAAUCAACCUGCAUUGCGUUUCAUCUAGUUCCGCUACCCAAGAAACGGUUUCCCGUCCCGACCCCCGCCUCCCUGCCCCCCUGCCCGUCAUGGAGACCUGGAAACCGAACCCCCGGGCCAAGCCUUUCAUUCCACGGCAGCAGCGCAGCCUCUACCUCACCUGGAAAUACAAGCUCACCAACCAGAGAGCUGUUCGCAGAUUCUGCCAGACAGGUGCUGUGCUGUUCUUGCUGGUGACGGUGAUUAUCAACAUUAAGCUCAUUCUGGACACGCGGAGAGCAGCGAUCGAGGAGGAGGCGGCUCAGGAGUACGACGAGGCUCUUCCCAACAUGGAGACCCCUCGGAGACCGCAGAGUGGGAGGAAGGUCCUGGAUAUCGAGGUCUAUUCCAGCCGCUCCAAGGUCUACGUGGCCGUGGACGGCACCACCGUUCUGGAGGAUGAGAUGCGAGAACAAGGAAGAGGGGUCCAUGUCAUUGUGCUCAACCAGGCAACUGGUCACGUGAUGGCGAAGCGUGUUUUUGAUACCUACUCGCCCCACGAAGAUGAAGCUAUGGUCCUCUUUUUGAACAUGGUGACGCGUGGGAGAGUCCUGAUCUUUACUAUUAAGGAUGAGGGCUCCUUCCAUCUGAAAGAAGCAGCGAAGACCCUGCUGAAGGGGCUGGGCAGUCAGGUGUCCCUGUCGCUGAGCUGGAGAGACAUGUGGACAUUGGUGGUGAAGAAAGGAGGUCAAGUGUAUGGGGAGAAACACUCAAAGUCUCCAGCGCUGUCCACAUGGGGUGAUCCAGUGUUACUGAAGACAGAGGUGCAGUUAACACCAUCUGAAGAUGCCGAGUGCCUCUGGCCCGAUACCGAGAUGAAUCGACGCAGGAAGAUUUUCUGCAGUAAGGUGGAGGGCUAUGGCAGUAUCUGCAGCUGCAAGGAUCCGGCCCCCAUCGAAUUCAACCCAGACCCACUAGCCCAAAAUAACGUGUAUGAUGUGCCUGUGGCUGUUAUCGCUGGAAAUAGACCCAACUACCUGUACAGAAUGCUGCGGUCCUUGCUGUCUGCCCAGGGAGUGAAUCCCCAGAUGAUCACCGUAUUUAUAGAUGGAUACUAUGAGGAGCCUAUGGACGUCGUGGAGCUCUUUGGUCUGAAGGGGGUUCAGCACACUCCUAUCAGCAUUAAAAACGCCAGGGUGUCCCAGCACUACAAGGCCAGCCUGACUGCCACUUUCAACUUGCACCCUGACGCACAGUUUGCAAUCGUCUUGGAGGAGGACCUGGAUAUCUCUGUUGACUUUUUCAGUUUUCUGAGUCAGACGGUUCAUUUACUUGAAGAAGACGAGAGCCUGUACUGUAUUUCAGCCUGGAAUGAUCAGGGCUAUGAGCACACCGCAGAGGACCCGGCCCUCCUGUACCGUGUGGAGAGCAUGCCUGGACUGGGCUGGGUCUUAAAGAAGAGCCUUUACAAGGACGAGCUGGAGCCCAAGUGGCCAACGCCAGAAAAGCUGUGGGACUGGGAUAUGUGGAUGCGAAUGCCUGAACAGAGAAAGGACCGGGAGUGCAUCAUUCCCGACGUGUCCAGAUCUUACCACUUCGGCAUUAUUGGGCUGAACAUGAACGGAUACUUCCAUGAAGUUUAUUUUAAGAAGCAUAAGUUGAACACAGUUCCUAACGUUCAGUUCAAGAAGGUUGACGGUUUGAAAAAGGAUGCCUAUGAGACAGAAAUUCAGAGACUGCUCGGUGAAGCAGAGUUGCUGGAUCACAGCAAGAACCCGUGUGAGGACUCCUUCAUUCCAGACACGGAGGGCAAAACCUACAUCAUGUAUAUUAAAAUGGAACAAGAGGCUGACAGCACUGCAUGGACAGAGCUGGCCAAGUGCCUCCAUGUCUGGGAUCUAGAUGUCCGAGGGAACCACAAGGGACUGUGGCGUCUCUUCAGGAAGAAAAACCACGUUCUCGUUGUUGGAUCUCCUGUGUCUCCCUACUCUGUAAAGAAACCCGCACAGGUGACCCCGAUUCACUUGGAGCCCCCUCCGAAGGAGGAAGGAGCAGCUCCUGAACAGACGUGAUCUCCAGGUGCGCAGCGUCUGUGUGUGACAUGACAGCCGCUGUGCAGCCACGACAACCACUAACCCAGCCUGGUGACCAGCGCAGAGUCCGCUCGGAGCACGGGGCAAAAGGGAAUGAAAACCAUGGCGAUGGAACGCAACCUUUUUUUUAUUUAUUUAUAUUUUGUUCAUUUUAGCUGUAAAUCAGUCCUGAAAUGUUUUACAUACAAACCCUUUAACAACUGGGGGUUAUCUUAAAACUUUUUUUUUUUUUCUUAAUGGCUGAUUGUUGUUGUUGUUGUUAAAAGUAUAUACUGGCAUACGUCUUCCUGUGGAAUCAAAGGAGAACUAGAGGGCUUAGAAGCAUAUAACAGUACUCCAUUUUUGGUGGCCCUUCCUGGAAAGGGAUCCAUUGGUAUUCCAGUAUCUUAACUGUGGCAGAUGUAAAUUCUGCCGCUCCUUAACUUUAUUAAUCCGGCUAGUGUAUUUCACCCAGGAGUGGUUUAUUGACCAAUCAACAUUACUUCAUAUGCUAAACAAAUACAGUGAAAUGAAGUCUGCGGACGUGUACAUGUAUACAUUCAAGGGAGAUUGGGCACUGUUAAAUCAUUCAAAUAAAGCCAUUGUGCUUUUUUUUUUUGUUUUGGGGGGGGGGGGGGGGGCGGCUGUAUUGUUCAGUGUGCUUCAGUUAGAGGUGGGGGUGUGCAGUAACUCCUAUUCUUACUCGCCAUUGCUUUUCAGAAGUGUUCAUCAGCAAUAUUAAUGUGUUGAUUUAAAAACUAGAUAAGCUGUCCUUCCCUCGAUUUCAGUGGCGUACCUGUCCGUGCCAGUUAACCUCCGCACGGGGUGUUUUAAAAGCUGAUUGGAAGAAUGUUUUCCUGUCAUUCGGGGUGCUGGCGUUUGCACUGCCUGACUGGCAUACUGAGGGCAUGAACUGCUGAUGAAAAGUGAGUUUACAGCCUUGGCAUGACUGUUAGAGGCAUGAAUGAAAAUCCCCUACUGAUCCGACACCUAGCAGACUCGCCUGCAGAUGAUGGGCUGUCGUAUUUUAUUGACUCACAUUAGUUGGUCUGCAAUGGCGGGUUUUUUAUUAUUUUUUUUUUAAUAUAAACCCAGGCUAGCUCAUUAGGUCAGAAUAUUUAGCUACAGAAUAUUGUUUUCCUUUUUGUUUUGUUGUAUAUAAACUGUAACCUAUAUAUUUAUUUAACUCAACUGCCGCCCUGUCACUAUGAGGGAUAGUUUUAGCGGCUUUAUUAACUUUAUCAAGGAGCAAAGCGCAGGAUCAGUUGAACAGCCUAAGUUGCCGGGUUUUAUGAUCUGAUGUGUGUAAUAUAUAUUUUAAAUUAGAUUUUUUGUUUUCUUAUUAACUUGUAUGUGUAGCACAUCAUUUAAUUGUGUGGAAAUUCUUUCUUUGAUUUUUUUGUUAAUGUUAGAGUGUUGGUAGUAACUUGAAUAUUAUUGCCUCUGAUCAUGGUCAACUACAUUUCAUAUUAAGUGUUCAAUUUAUCCAUAAGUAUUUCCUGUUACUUUUCUACUGUGAAGAAGACCAUUUAACUGUUGGAUGCAUUCAAUGGCGAAGGAAAUAAGCAGACAUCCUCAUUAGAUUUCUAAGGACUUUUUUGGCUUAAAAAAUGUUUUAUAUAUUUGUAAAGCUUACCGUAGUAUAAGGGGGGAGUGCUGUACAUUUAGUGGUACUGUUUACCCAGGACUUCAUGGAAAAGUAUUGAACCGGGGAUAGUCUUUCACAAGCUGCUUUAUUUGCCAAUGAUUGGAAAACUAAUCGUUUUUAGUACUACACCUUACUGGAUUUCGUUUUGCUUUAUGGCUUUUAAUGUAUUCAACAAAGAGUUUAUUGGGGGUACUCAGUUGAAAAUAACCUGCAGUGUGUUUUCUCAGCUCUUAUUUACCAUCUGUCCCCACAGGGGAAUUGGAUGUUGCAAGUCUGCUGUUUUAAGUUGGGAUUUUAAAAUAUAUGUUCUGGAUGUAGUUUGUUUAACAAUGAUACAGAGAUUACCUGGAGUUUUAAAGAAAUGUGUUGUUUUUCUUGCAUUCCCCUUUAUCACAUUGCAGGCUGUGUAGAACAGGAGCAGGUAAUCUAUGUCCCAUAACCCGGUGCCAUCCUCCGGAGCGCAAUCUCCAUUGCAAUUUACCAGCCUUCGGGGAGAGUAAACCAGUACUCCCCUUCUCUCGUUCCAUCCAUUUUAGUGUCUGAUCGACUGGGAAGGAGUGAAGCUAUUGCAGUAGAUACUGCUCACUGUGCAGAGAAGCCACAAGUACUGUAAGUUUAUUAAGAUGCGAUGCUAUCUGCUCGGGGUGCAGCUUUACAGGGCUUUCUUAAACAUGUAGAGAACAAAGGAUCCGUUUUCAGUUUUUUCAGAAUGUAUUUUGCCAUUGCUUCUUUAAACGCCCACUAGGCUGACUGAGCAACUGAAUUACUAAAGAGCGUUUGAAAUGGCUCAUCAUCUUGGUUGUGAUGGUGAUCCCUAUUUUUAAAAAAGCUGAAGGACUCUAGUCAUGAACUUCCUCCCUACAGUUUCCCCCGGGGCUUAGAUUAACGCGCCCAUGGACACCUUAUCUGUGGGGUCGUUCAAUUGGAAACAAAAGGCUUGUUUAGGUUUCAGUUAAACGGGGAGGGAGUGCUGGCAACAACACCAAACCACCGACAAGUUCAGAGAGAAUGUGUACCUGUACAGAAUAUUUGUGUUAUCUGCUGUGAUAGCAUAUGUACACUUUCACACAUUAUCACAGUAUUUGCAUUUCAUAGUUGUCACUGUUAGUCACUGCAGCUUUUUAACCUUUUAAGCUCUUACGUAUAUAAUUGCCUUUCUCAAGCUGUGUGGAACUUGUGAAUAUUUGUUUUGUUUCCCUUUAGAAACGCAUUUGUAAUCAUUGAAAAGGGAUUUGUAAACCCUAUCCAAUUUCUGUUUCUGGGCAUGGCAGUUGCGAUUAAAAAGACAGACCAUACUCUAGUCUUGCUGGAAACAGAA